AUGAUCGCUCGCUCAGAGUCCACGAGAUCGUACGAUGCCGAUAGCAUCUUCACGCACGACACUAUUAAUACCACCACCGACACCAUCGACACCUUUCCGAGGGUACGACCCGGCCACCUCGAAAAGCACGUUCCUGCCUCGGACCACAGUCACAUGCCGUACCAUCUCCCUGCCCAUAUGCAGAGUCGAGCAGUGCCUCUCGGGGCUGCUGGAAUCGAGCGGCGGCCGCUGUCGAGAUUCUUGGCGCCGGGAUAUCCGACUGGGGCCUCGACCCGCGAGCAGGCCAUGUAUGGGCUUCACAUGACAGACGGACUGGGCACAGCCGACGAGAUCGAGGCGGCAUGGGAGGAUGCCAGCUGUAUCGAUGGCUCUCCCGGGCUGGAGGCAUGCAAGCGCCUGUCGGAACCACCGCGCGCCUCUCAAGACAGCUUUGAGGUCGAGGCGUUGCGCAGGCAGGUGGAGCAGCUCACCAUGGCUCUGCAACUUCAAAGUCGACAGCGCGAUCUCGAGCGUCGAGCCCCACCACCCACGCGUCCGCUUCCGCCAUGGCCCGAACACGACGGUCGUGCAACACCCUCGCUCUUCUCCGGCACCACAAGCAGCAGCUCGUCUCGAUACUACAGGCCGACUCCCCAUCCAGCUGGCUACUACGAUCCGGGCCAUACAAUGGCGCCGAGAAUGGAUCAUCCGUACGGCCUUCCUUCGCCCGUCUCGUCUGCAGGCCGUACGCUCUCGGAGCCGGCAGAUGAAACCGACCUCACCGAUCUGGCGCGCAAGGUGGAUGCACUCCAUCACAUGGUCUCCUCCCUCACCCUCGCUCCGGUCGCUUCGAAAGACUCGGCGUUUCGAUACAAUAUAACUCCUCCCACGUCUAAUCCGGUUCCAAAUGACACACAGCCCAAAACCACCUCGAAACUCGCAGCGGCUCUGAGAUUCAAGUCGUCCAGCUCGACGCCAGACUUGCCCCUGCAGGAUAGCUCCACCACGACACGAGUCAGUUGGAGCCGUAAACGCACCGAGAAAGUCGCCCAGCCACAAACCAAGCUCAAAGUAGGCCCUGGCAGAGGCCGGAUGGUGAUCAAAGACACUGCCAAGUAG